CCUCGAUGCUUGAAAAGAAAAUGCGAACGCAAAUCUCUGCGCGUUUUCCCCGUCGCAAGUAGAAUCUGUGUCCCGUAGGUGGAACGCCCAAGCUAACUCCUGCGCGUCGGCACCUGCCGACUUCUCAACCACGCCAAGUAACCGUUUCGGCGCUUGGUGUACUUCGCUCUUUUGUUCCAGUUUUUCUCUUCUUAGUUUACUCGACAAGCUUCAAACAGGCACGUGGACAUAUGACCCUCCCCUGCCAAUGUAUAUAUAUAGGUAUAUUUGUAUACAUCCGUAUACAUGUAUGCUUAUGCGUGUGUAUGUGUACGUCUAUUCGUAUGUGAACGAAUGUUUGUCAGUUACCCACUUUUGAGCAUAUGGAAAGUAGGGAGAAGUGAAAUGGAGGGCAGACGGAUUUCAUGACUCGCAUUCUUCCCCCGAUGCCGCGAACGACUACGCCCUGUGCAUGCAUGUGGAUUCGUGUCUGCGCCCGCUGAAACUCACUCCAGAUGCGCACAUAUGUAUACGGAGGUAAAUAGAUGUUUUACACAUUGAUGAAGUAGACGUGCAUCUGCGAAUGCCACUCAAAAGGGUGAAAGCGACAGCAAUGGGCGGAAGGCUGUUUCGGAAUUCGAGCUUCGGUGGUUACCUGGCGAUGUCAAGGGUCCUUUUUUGCGUCUUCUGCGUAACGCUUCUUUCCACUGAGGCAUGGCAUCUUCCUGAGGGAGGCAGCACGCGUGGGCCCCCAGCAGAAGCGACGGUCGACGAGCUGCAUGCAGCCCUCGAGAAAUGGGAAGGAGACGUUGCCUUUUUCUUCUACACUUCCUGGGACACAAGCAGCAGGCACCUUCUCGGGUUGUGGGACCAAGCACUUCGGUUUUUCUCCGCCUCUGGACCGAAUCCGGAGAAGACCAGCUCGUCACGUCUUCUGAACAUUUGGCGCCAGUUUGUUCCUCCUCUGGGGUCGCUGCAGCUGCGUCGCUUCGACUGUGAAAAGAGCGAAGCAGCGCGCAAGUUGUGUCGAUCUCUGGGUCUGCCUUUUCUGCCAGCCGUUCUUUUUUUCUCGUACGCGCCCCUGCGCGAAGAGUCUGGCAAACGAGGCACAUGGUCGUUCUUCGACGCAGACGCGGACAAGUCUCUCCCUCCGAGGUCUGCUCGGUUCAAAGGCGACUUGUUCAUGUACGACGCUUUGCUGGACUGGCUACAGAUGAUGCGCAGAAUCUCUUACGUCCAGCAGUUGCUCGAGAGGAAAGGACCGGAGACUGGAGAGAAAGUGUGUGCGGUUGGGUCGCAGUCUGCGACGGAGAAGGAGCUAGCUGACUGUCGAAAACGGCUAACAGAGUUAGAAGCUGAAAACGAAGCUCUUCGCCAAGAGACCCGCCUUUUCCAUCGACGUGAACGCGACACUGAGAAACCCCAGUGAUCCAAGUUGAAAAUGCACAAAAUGAGUGGAAGACACCGAAAAUGGAGAAACAGCAAAAUCGGAACCGUUUCCCAAAUCGGAUUUUUAUGUUCUCGGGUAAAACGCAGAAGAAAAACAACUCGCUCCCCGGGUACAAACCGUUGGGAUUAUGCGUAUUGUUUCUAGUGGCGAAAGUAAACGCCCCGCUUCUUGCACACAUGCCUCUUCAGGCGAUUUGCGCAUCUACAUCGUGUUUCUCUGUCGACAGUCAUAGUUUUCACAGCUUCGCGAGUCCAGAAGGCUUAGGCAGGAAUGAGAAUUCCUGCAAGCAGAUCGCGGAAUUUUUUAAAAAGCUGCCUACCACCGUUCGCGCUGAGAGCCAACGUUUUACUCUCUAGGCAGCGCAGGAUAUUCCCCACAGAUUCAUUAAGAAUUACCAUCGACACAGGUUCUAGUUUUCUUAUACCAACUAUUCUUUGUCUUCGGCGUUGGAUCUGCGUUUUUGUAAGUCUAAGUACAGCAGGGAAGGUCGCGUUUAACAAAAGUAAACGAGCACCCUCUUGGAUGCACACAGCAAGACAUAAUCAAUCCUCGAAGGCUUCGUACCUAGUUGACUGUUGCAGGAGCUGUGGACAAGUGUGUAGAAACUGUCCUUCCAUGCGGUUUCAAAGAAACCGAGACGUUUAAAAUAAACUAGAGGAGCACUGUGGUGGCAGAGUGUGUCGGAUGAUCGAGAAUGUGAACGUCUCUCGUUACUACGUCUAAUGCAGCCACUUAGGCCUGUAUUCUGUUGUUUUUUCUGGGG